CUCCAAAUUAACACCGAUUAUCUAGACGAGAUUGCGGGCCCCCUGCAGAUGAUGACAUUGGGUUUGCAUGGAGAUCAAAAGCUGGACCGCCAAUCAUCGUGCCCUGACUUGCCCCUGCUCGCUGCCUACCCCACCAAGCCAGAAAUCGGGUCAGGGGUGCCAGACAUGGAUGGGAACCUGCGGGUCAACGGUGGUGACCGGGCCCUGGGAGAUGGAGAGAUCAGAGAAGCGAUCAAGUCAACUACUGUGGCCGAUCGCAUUUUGUACCUUGACUUACGCUUUCUUUACCUCCUCAGCGCAACCACUUGAAUACUCCAAACGCCUCCAAUAAUUAUCAAAGGGAUACGGUCGUCAGCUGUGCCGCUGCAUAUUGCAGAAAUAACAAACCUCGAGACUCGUUGCCUCGAUACCAGUGAGGUCCAAUUGAUUGCCCGCAGUGUCCCCGCGCGUCGGUUGUUAUCGGUGGCUACCUACCUAUCCACUGCCUAGUUGGUAUGUAGUGAAACGUCCCGAGAAAAUAAA